AUGGAGAAAACAACCAACUCCAACCCCUAUGGUGUGGCAAUCCCACACCUUGUCUCGCAAAGAGACAUAAUGUACAUAGUUUUCCCCCCCCUACCAAGUUUAAAACCCCCUGUUAAUACCCCUACUAGACCAAUCAAAAACAUAAGAUACACCUAUGCCAACGCAACACUAGAUAGCGCAUGUUCAAGAUACAACGCGCACCGAAAAAUGGGACCCCAUAUCAUCUCAUCGCAAUGUCACAAAAUCUUUACAUCACCAACACAAACUCUCAUGAUACUACGUCCUGCCACAAACACCAAACCAAUGAACCGCAGGCCUCAACACCUAGCAAUCACCCCACAUCC